AAAAGAAAAGAAAAGAUAGAAUAAAAAUGGAGUGUUUGAGCAUUGUGCAGUUUCUUGAGAACAAGAGCAUUCUUGUAGCUGGUGCCACUGGUUUUCUUGCAAAGGUGUUGAUAGAGAAAAUAAUGAGGGUACAACCGAAGGUGAAGAAGCUGUAUCUUCUAUUGAGGGCUGAAGAUUCUGUUUCAGCUCUUCAUCGUUUCAAUACUGAGGUGAUAGGUAAGGACUUGUUUGGGGUAGUAAAGGAGAAAUAUGGUGCAAAUUUGAAUUCUUUAAUCCUGGAAAAAAUUACUGUGCUGAAUGGUGACAUCACUCGUGACGACUUGGGAUUACAAGAAUCCAUUUUGGAAGAGCUUUUUCAAGAAGUUGAUAUUAUCGUAAAUUCAGCUGCAACCACUGAUUUUGAUGAAAGAUACGAUGUUGCACUAGGGAUCAAUACUUACGGACCUGCGAAUAUUUUAAAUUUUUCGAUGAAAUGCAGAAACUUAAGGCUCCUCCUUCACGUAUCAACCGCAUACGUGUGUGGGGAGAAGGAGGGGCUAGUUCUGGAAACGCCGUUUAACAUGGGAGCCACUCUGAACGGUACACGUGGACUGGAUAUCGAAAACGAGAAGAAAAUCGUGGACGAAUUAUUGAAAAAGCUCCGGGCGGAAUCUGCCCCGGAAAAAUACAUUGCAUCAACUAUGAAGGAAUUGGGUAUUCAAAGAGCAAAUAAGUAUGGAUGGCCCAAUACUUAUGCAUUCACAAAGGCAAUGGGAGAAAUGUUGUUGGGCCAUUUGAGAGAAGAAACUCCUCUUGUAAUAAUUCGCCCCACUAUUAUCACAAGUACUUUUCAAGAACCUUUUCCAGGCUGGCUUGACAGGUGUCAGGUAAACUUCAUCCAUUUUGAUGACAUGAACACUGAAAAUAUGAUAAGGGCAGCAAAGGAAAACUAUGGAAUAAUUGAGUAUGAAAUGUUCAACUUUGACCCGAAGACCAUAUUUUGGGAUGAUUAUUUCAUGUACACUCAUAUUGCCGCCGUCGUCAAAUAUGGCUUCCGCCGCUGA